UUUUCUUGGAGUCUUUGUGAUCUGACGAUGGAUUACUGGAUUUAAUUCCCUUAAUUCGAUAUGGUGUUCGCUUGCUUUGACGUUCUUUGAUGGGUCUCCUCGGUUUUUCGAUUCGUAUAAAUUUGGGGCUUUGAUAAGCGCUGGAGCUUUAUGCCAUUAGAUCUGUUUCUUGUGGAUCUUUAAGCGGAUUUAGGAAGUUGCUGUUGGAAUAUGGCUGAGUUGGACAGAAAAGUUGGGAUUUUUCUCGGAAUCUGCCUUUUACUUUGUGUUUUCGGCGGUCGGACUUCGAAGAAUGGAAUCACGUCCUGAAGGUACAAAUAUAGUAGAUCCGGGCUUACAAACUGCUCUGCCGGACACGAUCAGUGCUCAGCCAUGGUGGUCCGGUACCAUGUUUGCUGCACUGAGUACCUCUAAGCAAUCAUCAGCUGGAACUGAGGUUGGCCAAUCGCGACUGGGCGGUGGCAUGCAUGGCACAGGUGAUGUCAGUAAAGAGACGCAGAGUGCAGACAGGAAAUCAGAUCUUGUUUCAGAUGGGAAUCUUCAGCCUACAUCUGCAGCUACUUCUAUGAUGCAUGAGUAUCUUGCACCACAUACCCAGCUGGAACUUGGUCAAUCAAUUGCUUGUGCUAUGUAUCCAUUUACGGAUCCUUAUUUUGCUGGUGUAGUAGCUCCUUAUGGAACUCAAGCAAUGGUGCAUCCUCAGAUUAUCGGGAUGCCUCAAUCUCGCAUGCUUUUGCCUCUUGAAAUGACAGAGGAGCCAGUUUAUGUUAAUCCCAAGCAAUACCAUGGAAUUAUCAGGCGAAGACAAUUGCGUGCAAAAGCUGAACUCGAGAGAAAAGCUCUGAAAGUUAGGAAGCCAUAUCUCCAUGAAUCCCGUCACCUACAUGCGAUGAGGAGGGCUAGGGGUUGUGGAGGUCGUUUUCUUAAUACCAAGAAGACAGACGAAGACGCUGCUAAAACUGACACAAAGAAGGGUCUAAAUUCUGGUGCAUUUCUUUCAACGCAAUCAACUAUCUCCUCUAGUUCGGAAGCAAUACCCUCUGAUUGCUCGGGUGAUACAAAUCCUGCCAGCACCAUGCAGGAACGAAUGUCUAAAUCUCAAACAUCGUUUAGUAGGAAAGACGGCUACCAAGAUCAGUCUGAAUCUGAGAUAUCAUUCCUUCAUCUAAAGUCGGGUGACAAAGCAGAAGAUGAUGACUGCUCAGGACCACGGAGCGGUGGCAUCCUGGUGAAUCGGCCGUCUAGUAGGGCCGUCGCUAUACAGUGACAAUCCUGUUUUGAGUGAUGACCGAUGCUUGCAGCAUUGCCCUGUGAUUUAUACUCUUUUAUGUUCUCGUGAGUAUGGUCCAGACAACAAGUUAACUUUGGCUCGCCUGAUUGAUCUGGAAAAUUAGCAGGAGCGCAAGCUGGAGGCAUCGGCACCGCUCGGGAAGGUUGUCAUUGAUAAGUCUGAUGCUUGCAGGCAAUUCAUUCUUGGCUUUAACAUCUGUUUUCUUUGGUACUUUUUCUUUGUUGGGAAAAGAAAGACUGGACUUAUCUGUGCAGGUUUGAUGUGGUGUAACAGUUACUCUGUCUCAUUUGUUAGGGUUCUUGGUCUCUUGUCGACAGUGGAAGACGAAAUAAUAGUGGAUGUAUUGGUGUUUUCUGUGUGUAUAAAAUAUGAGAACAUGAAUCUUCUGCUUA